AGAAUAAUUUUAUAAUCUAGAAAAUCAGAUUAAGCAACAGAUUCUUGCGUAGCUUCUCUGCUCCUGGAUCUUUGAGUAAAAUCGUUCGCUAAUCCCAAAAGUUUCGUCGCUUUCGGCAUUUGGUGAACCGGGUGAAGUGGUCUUCUCUCUCUUGUUUUCAAGGAUGAAGGUCACUGUCGUUUCACGGAGUGGUAAAGAAGUUAUCAAGGGUGGAAUUGACCUCGGCGAUUCCGCUACGGUUGCUGAUCUACAGGAGGCGAUUCAUCGGCGAACCAGAAAGUUCUACCCUUCGAGACAGCGAUUAACCCUCCCCAUCCAACCUGGAUCAAAGGAAAGGCCUGUUGUUCUAAACUACAAGAAAAGUCUCAAGGACUAUUGCGAUGGAAACUUGGACUACUUGACUGUAGUGUUCAAGGACUUGGGAUCACAAGUCUCCUAUCGUAUACUUUUCUUCUGGGAGUACCUGGGUCCUUUGGUCCUUUAUCCCAUCUUUUACUACUUUCCUGUCUACCAGUACUUUGGCUACGAAGGGGAGCGCAUCAUCCAUCCGGUUCAGACAUAUGCUUUAUACUACUGGUGUUUCCACUACUUGAAGCGAAUUUUGGAAACAUUUUUUGUGCAUAGGUUUAGCCAUGCAACGUCACCACUGUCUAACGUGUUUCGUAAUUGUGCAUAUUAUUGGUCAUUUGGCUCUUAUAUUGCUUACUGUGUGAACCACCCACUUUACACCCCUGUUAGUGACCUCCAAAUGAAGAUAGGGUUUGGAUUUGGAUUGCUUUGUCAAAUCUCGAACUUCUAUUGCCAUAUCUUGCUGAGGAAUCUUCGCAAGCCUGAUGGGAAUGGAGGGUAUCAAAUUCCACAUGGUUUUCUGUUCAAUAUUGUAACAUGUGCAAAUUACACAACAGAGAUUUAUCAGUGGUUAGGUUUCAACAUUGCAACACAGACAGUUGCAGGUUAUAGUUUUCUUGCAGUUGCUACUAUUAUCAUGACCAAUUGGGCCCUUGCAAAGCACCGGCGUUUGAAGAAGAUAUUUGAUGGCAAGGACGGAAGACCCAAGUAUCCACGCAGAUGGGUAAUAGUACCCCCAUUCCUGUAAAAGUGACUGGUCAUCUUGCCUCUUGUUUCUCUCUUUGGUACCAAGAUUGUAUUAGUUUCAUUCUUGUGGGACUGAGACAUGAACUUUGGCAUUACAUUCAGACAACGUGGUCCACGUCCCAUUCGAAUAACCUGAAGUCCUGAGGAUCUUUUUCUCUCUUGUUCCCUCCCUGUUUGCUCUUAGUUUUCCUUGGCAUUUGGAAUACUUGUAGUUAAAAUUUUUUUUAUCGGAUUGGCUAUUUACAUUCUC